AUGAUCCCUGUAGACUCACUCAGAUUCUAUUCGUUUGCUCCAAGAUUGCAAACUUCAAAUGUCAGAUCAUCCCCAAGACCACAGACGUCCUCUCCGGGACCUCUGGAUCCUCUUUUCUCUUUGCCUUUGAAAUCCUCCAAUGCAAUUACCUACGAAAAUACUCCUAGAUCUCCUCUGAACCAUUCCUUUAAACUAUCUGCAAAAUCCUCUUCAUCUUCAUCUUCUGUUCACAUUCCUUUCAAGUACCCCCAAGCCCAUCCAACUACUACUGAUAACUACUACUGCUACUACUAUAAUUCAGGAUAUCCUCCUACUCCUCACCAUUCCAGAAUCAACUCUCUCUCCGAAUACGGCUACUUGUCUCCAUCUCAACGCCUCUCAAUUCCAAACGAAUUGUCUUCUUCCGAAGAUGAAGAUUAUGAAAAUCACUCAGAUGAUUGCUUUUCUGAUGAUGAAUUGCCCAAUCGUGCAUCUACACCUACUCCAACCCCAACCCCAACUCCAACCCCAAAUCCUCACCGCGGUAGCUUUGCUGGUUCAAAGUCUGCUCCUUUAUUCUCACCACCUCGUCCUAGAGCCAAUUCUUUGGCUACAACUACAAAUAAAACUACCAAGACCAAGCAUCAGCGCCAGAAAAGCAACCUUGAGCUUCUCUCUGAUGCCUCUGAAAAAUCCUCCUCUCCUAAUACUACUACUGGCUGGCCCACAUUAGCUUCCCGUUACCUUCAUUCCUCAAAUGCAUAUUCUGUCUCAGCCCCAAUUCCUUACAAAGAAAUGUCGCGCCUCAUCACAAAAACUUAUGGCGGCCAAGUACGCAUCUCCAAAAAGAGAAACCAGGGACGUGACGACACCACCUUGAAUACUUUGAAGUUUUCACAGGACACGGCUGGACUCCCUUCUCCUCCAAAUAGUCCUAGAUCCACUCCUGCUGGCUCUCGACGUGGAUCUAAAGCAGAACAACUCCAACAAUCUCGCAAGGGCCUCCAAGGCCGCCCAUUCUCUAUCGACAUGGACCUCGACCUUGUUUUCCCUACAGAUAUUGACGACCUUUAUUAUAUCCUCUAUUCCAAGGGUAACCCCCAGGAAUCCCACAAAGUCAAGCUCUUGUCGUCCUAUGAGGGGAAGCAAGGCACUUUGGUCCAAAAGCUUCCCAAUGGCACAAUUAGACCAUGUCCCACAAAGCUCACUAGCACUAGUCGCUCAAGUACCAUGAGCCGUGCUCCUAAAUACAGCAUCUUUUCCGACUCUUUGGCAAUGGUGCAGCAUUUCCGCCCAGAAGCUACUGGGUUUUCACUAGUGACGCCGAUCCGCCAAAGCAGCACUCAACGCAGCGACUCCAAGAGCGGCACGUGUCCCGUUGUUAAGUUCACAAUCACUCCUGUCACUGACUUUACAGUCCAGUUUCUCAAGCGCAUGGCUCACCCACGCUACAAAGCUGACAUGAAAAUAUAUGUCAUUCCUGUUCUUGUUUCUGAACAGUUGGACUUUUACACAUCUGCUGCCAUGUUUCUUCAGGACCAAAAGUAUCGCUCUGAUAUUAGCAUGCCCUUUGAUACAAAGUCUAAGAUUUUUUCCAACAAAACUUAUUUGGACUUGCCCAAUGCUGUUUACAGUGAGGCUAAGGAAGAAGAAGAAGAAACUGGCGACGAGACCAUGGAGGACAUGGAUCGUGUUAAAGAAGAUCCUAUUGAAAACAUUGUGGACGAGAUGGAUUUUUCCACUGACACUCUUGAAGAGACUGAAGGUGACAAAACUCUUGAGGAAGCUGAAUGUGAAAACACUUUUAUCAAACAAGAGUUUUUUGAGGAACUGCUUGUUCCUGAAUCUUGUCCCCCCUCACCACCUAUUGUGCCUGUGGUCCAACAGACCCGUCGCCAAACUUAUAAGCCCAUUCUGCCCAAACCAAGACCAGGGAACAGACUCUCACCAUCACCAGCCCCGUCUCCCGUACGGCUCAAUACUAAACGUUCUCAGCCUAAGGGAACUUCCACUAGAGGUAUCAAAAAAAAGAUUCCUGAAGUUAAGACGGAGAAACUGGCACAUGUGGCAGCUUCUAUUCUUUUGGCUGGACUUGCGACUUCGGCAGAAGAAGAUAAACCCCAAAGCUCCAAAUCAAAACUUGGCUUUAUUUUGAAUUAA